GUCCUGGCCCUUGGCCCAACCUCCUGCUGCUCCGGGUCUGAGGGCCCAGGCCCCGGGUCUCCGCCAUGCCGUCCAGCCUGUCCUUGGUGUGGGGUACUUGGAAGUGCGAGUACCCUCUCCUGCUCCUUGCCGGCCCAAGGGUCGUUGUUUCCGGCGGCCCCCGGGCUCAGUUAUCAGCCGUCUCUUCCGGUGCCGGAACUAUCGUAGCGGUGCCCUAGUUUCCCAGCCGGCGGGCGCAGUGAAGAGGAAGCGGAGACGAGACCGCGCUCACCAGUGGGGAAAGGAAGGAGGUGGGCCCUGCGCGCAGCAUUUUGGGAACGAGUGGAAUUCUGGGAGCUAGGCCCGCCAUUCACUGAACUCACGCCUUCGCCGUAGACGCUUUUGCUGCCGCACCGAAGAGAAGGAGGCCGGAGCCGAACUCUUCCUGCCAAGAUGUCUAUUGGUGUGCCGAUUAAAGUACUGCAUGAGGCCGAGGGCCACAUUGUGACCUGCGAAACGAACACCGGCGAGGUAUAUCGUGGGAAGCUCAUUGAAGCAGAGGACAACAUGAACUGCCAGAUGUCCAACAUCACAGUCACAUACAGAGAUGGCCGAGUGGCACAGCUGGAGCAGGUAUACAUCCGUGGCAGCAAAAUUCGCUUUCUGAUUUUGCCUGACAUGCUGAAGAAUGCACCCAUGUUAAAGAGCAUGAAAAAUAAAAACCAAGGCUCAGGGGCUGGCCGAGGAAAAGCUGCUAUUCUCAAGGCCCAAGUGGCUGCAAGAGGAAGAGGACGUGGAAUGGGACGUGGGAACAUCUUCCAGAAGCGAAGAUAAUUUUCUCCGUUGAACAGAACUUUGCCCAUUUUUCUUUUAGGUUAUCUGAGUUCAUUGAAAUAGGUGCUUGUGUAUAUGUUCUAGGUAUUCUUUUGACAUCUUUCUUUUUAGAUCAGGGGAAAUGUUAAGCUAAAUAAAUCUGGGGGGGUUUUUUGUUCUAUU